AUGCAGAAAGAGACGACAUUUGGCGAAACAGACAAAGAGGGAGAUAUGAAAGUUAAUGACACGUCGCGGUCGAUCAGCGGGGCGUCCUCCGGUCUGUCCACGAGUCCUCUCAGCAGUCCCCGGCCCAAUCGGCGGUUUUUCAUCCCGCCCCAGUCCCCGGACCUGUGUCAGUCCCCCAACUGCAGCCCCACCCACUCCCUUGAGGUCCGCCUCAACGGGGUGGGGCCGCGCACGCCCAACUCCUACCAUCCAAAGAUGGGGUCCCCCCUCAUGCACCCACGCACCCAGACUCUCCCGGCCAAACCCAGAGCGUCCGAGAAGCCCCUGCAGACCACCAGGUCCAACCCGCUCCCCAACUCAGUCCAGACCCCCACCACCCCCAAAUCUGAGCCCUCCACACCCUGCCAGCCUCUGGCGCCCUGCAUCCCCAACAGCCCCCGGGUGAGACGCCACCCUCCCCUGACCGUGCCCCCAAAACUCUCCAUCCCUCUCUCCCCCGUGCCUCCCAUGUCGCCCCUCCGCCGCCACCACCUCCACCCUGACCACAAUGGCAAAUCUGUCCCCAUCACGCAGGUGACCCCUCACCCCUCCCCAAGAGGGAGCCCUCUCCCCACCCCCAAAGGCACCCCGGUGCACACGCCCAAGGACAGCCCGGCCGGCACGCCCAGCCCCACGCCCCCGCCCAGCCCUUCCAUCGGCGGUAUGCCGUGGAGGACGCGCCUCAACUCCAUUAAGAACAGUUUCCUGGGCUCGCCGCGCUUCCACCGCCGGAAAAUGCAAGUUCCCACCCAGGAGGACAUGUCCAGUCUGACCCCCGACUCAUCUCCAGAACUGGCGAAGAAGUCAUGGUUCGGUAACUUCAUCAACCUGGAGAAAGAGGAGCAGAUCUUCAUCGUCAUCAGAGACAAACCCCUCAGCUCCAUAAAGGCCGACAUCGUCCACGCCUUCCUCUCCAUUCCGAGUCUCAGCCACAGCGUCAUCUCUCAGACUAGUUUUCGGGCGGAGUACAAGUCCACCGCCGGGCCCACGGUUUUCCAGAAGCCGGUGAAGUUCCAGGUGGACAUCACCUACACCGAGAGCUCCGGAGCCACCAAGGAGAUCGGCAUCUACUCCGUCACCUUCACUCUGCUCUCAGGUCCCAGUCGACGUUUCAAACGUGUGGUUGAGACCAUCCAGGCUCAGCUGCUCAGCUCCAGCGACCCGCCGGGCGUCCAGCCGCAGAUAUCCGGCAGCCCGUUGAGUAACUUCUUUGACGUAAUUAAACAGCUUUUUUCAGACGAGAAGAACAUCCAAGCGUCGCACCCCCCCGGCGCCCCCGCCACGCCUAGCUCCCCCGCCAAGCAUGCCCCCGGCAGCAAGCCCAGCCAGCCCCCGCCCAAUGACUCUAAAUGCCCCCCCAGCAAAGACAAAACAAAGAUGGCCGCCAGCAACAGGACACAGGAACAACCUUAAGGAGCGCUAGCUGUGCAUGUCGAGGACGAGCGGUCGUCGGGUCGUUAAAGAGGAGCGCUGCUAACUCCGCCCCUUUAGUUAGACAGAAAACAAAACAAAAAACAAAAAUCUACUUUUUGCCUAUAAAUUUUCUACGUGUAACAGGAAUGGCUCUUCAGUUAAGAUCAGUAUUUUACAGUAAGUAGCAGAUGUAGCUUUGUCGUCCCUCUCGUCCGUCCCCUCUCUCGUGUCCUCGGGGGUCUGUCGGUGGGUGUGUGUCCUCCUCACAUUGACUUGUCUCUGCCACCAGGGAUCAUCCAUAAUAACUAUUAACCUCAGCGAGACCGGCCGCCGCCGCCGCCGCCGCCGCCAAGA